CGAGGAGAGAAGGCUUAUCUUACAAAAAUCGAGCUGGAACGAGCAGAGGUCUGUGAACUCGAGCUGUGAGAGUGCUGAGACUGUUUGGUCGAUAUCUCGAGUUUUACAAAUCCAAUUAAGGCGUGUGAGAUACCCACAGAAAGCUCUCAAGACGAGGAAUCCGUGAAGGUCUGGUUUGCAGGAAUCGGAGUUGUGGAAGGCUUCCAAAUCGUCCGAGAAAAACGCAACCUCGCAGGAGAGGAUUUAAUCCUCUAAAGAAUCGAGUUAGCCGGAAAACACCCGUUCUAGGGGCUGUUUUCGUAUCAACGAUUAAGGGUUGAACUAGCACUUUGAGGAGGCUGUUUAACACUCAUAUUUGAGCAAGGAAUCAGUUCCAAAUCCACCUUGACCAAAGCUUUGACCAUUGGACCAAGAAGGGAAAGUUUAAAGCUCAAUUGAGGUUGAGGCUAGAGCUUGCUUCCUGUGCUCGUUGCCCGAGUGAUUUCCCCGGAGAGAAGACUUGAAAUGGACCGUGGUGGCAGGAUGACUAGGAGAAACCCGACCGGCCGUGUACCAGAGGAGACUGGACAGGGCAGUCGAAGGACCUCUAGGGCAUCUAGAGGAGCUGGCCGUGGAGGCCGAUCACAGACCGUGAGUGACGGUCAUGUCGACACAGAAAGUGAAACCUACUGGUCCUAUGAGGACUCGACUUACCAACCGGGGACCGAGCCGGUUGAGACCCCUUACGAAGGGGAUGACGAUGAUGUGAGCGAUGAAGAGGGGGGGAAUGACUCCCUAGCAAGAAUAGAGGCGCUGCUCCAACAAUAUCACCGUGAGCGUGAAGAGAGGAGGGAACGCCGAAGGCGCCGGGCUGGGCAACCUUCGGGCAUGGCUUCACGAGGAGGAAGUCAUGGUGCAUCUAGAGUCCAUGUGGAACCACGUGGAGGCCAAAAUGAUGGAGGUCCAACCAUAAGGAUCUCCAAGUACAUCAAAGAAGCAAGAGAUUUGGGGUGCAAACCCUUUGAUGGAGCAGGGGACAUUUCAGUGGCAGCACAAUGGAUCAAGAGGCUAAAUGAAGCGGCCCUUGACAUGCAAAUCACGCCGAAUCUCAAACUGAGAAUUGCGGUAAGAUUGCUCGAGGGGAUGGCAUCCAAGUGGUGGGAUGGAACCAAGAACAAGUACGGUGAGACCGUUGUUUGGGAGGACUUCCAACGGGAGUUCUUUGCCCAAUACUAUUCUGAUUUCGAGGUGAAUAAGAAGGUGAGGGAAUACACCCUCCUAACCCAAGGGGGUAACAUGUCAGUGAAGGAGCUGGAGUACAAGUUCCGGGAUCUCGCCGACUACAUACCGGAGUAUGCUUGUGACGAGAACCGCAUGGUGAACCACUUUUGGGACGCUCUUGACUUGGAGAUACGUGAUAGGGCAACGCAAUUGCCUAAUAUGACUUUCGCCCAAGUGGUUGAACAAGCAUUGAAAGGGGAGAAACAGUGGGAGGAACGGAAGAAGAGAGACGCCGAAGAGGCGAAGAAGAGAAAAUGGGAGAGUCAUGGCUCCCAAGGUUCCAACAAAAGGGGGAACCACGGAGGAGGAUCUUUCCGGGCACCACCGGAGCAGGGGACUAAAGGAGAAUACAAAUGUCUAUAACCCCAUCUUUGGCAUUAUUGAGCUAAAUAAUGGGAGUAGGAUUUUCCUUCUAAAAUAUCCAUCAAGUAAAUUAUUGGGAUGAGCCUACACAUAUUGGAGAUCAAUAAUGUGAUUUAGGAAGUUGACUUGUUCUAAAUAAAUUAGGAUGAGUACAAGAAGACAUCUUUGACAAAGAUAAAACAAUAGGACCCAUCUUCCCAUUUUUGGAAGUAUUGGUAGAUAUUUUGGACCCCAAAUUUAAUGGGAUCAAUUGGGAACCACUCCACAUGAUAUUAGUACCUGCAAAACAAAUAAAAAUGGGUUAGAAGACCUACCUUGGCCGUCCAUAAUGGAGGGGAGCUGCACAUGACUUGAUAGGAAUCAAAACUUGGGCCACCAUCCUUAUUUUCGCACAAAUUGGUGUGCUGUUUGUCUCCUCUCAUUAUAGAAGCUAUACUCGACCAAACAACGUGAAUAAUAUGUCCUUGGAUAGCCUUUGAAGUCUAUUAUCUCAAUUGAGUGGUCUUUGUUCGAGGAGAGAAGGCUUAUCUUACAAAAAUCGAGCUGGAACGAGCAGAGGUCUGUGAACUCGAGCUGUGAGAGUGCUGAGACUGUUUGGUCGAUAUCUCGAGUUUUACAAAUCCAAUUAAGGCGUGUGAGAUACCCACAGAAAGCUCUCAAGACGAGGAAUCCGUGAAGGUCUGGUUUGCAGGAAUCGGAGUUGUGGAAGGCUUCCAAAUCGUCCGAGAAAAACGCAACCUCGCAGGAGAGGAUUUAAUCCUCUAAAGAAUCGAGUUAGCCGGAAAACACCCGUUCUAGGGGCUGUUUUCGUAUCAACGAUUAAGGGUUGAACUAGCACUUUGAGGAGGCUGUUUAACACUCAUAUUUGAGCAAGGAAUCAGUUCCAAAUCCACCUUGACCAAAGCUUUGACCAUUGGACCAAGAAGGGAAAGUUUAAAGCUCAAUUGAGGUUGAGGCUAGAGCUUGCUUCCUGUGCUCGUUGCCCGAGUGAUUUCCCCGGAGAGAAGACUUGGUUCGUGCUUCCUCCAUUCUGUUUUAGAACAUUAAUAAACAUGCUCAUGGAUAUUUUACUUUAGAGCCUGCGUGCUCGUGUUUGCCCUGUGUGGCCCUUUUGUUAUAAACAAUGUUUUCCGCUGCGUAUUCAAUUGUUUAUUAUGUAUGUUUAUGGAUGUUAUAUGUGUGAAUGAUAUUCAUGACGCCUUGUAUAAUAUGAAUGUGUUGGACUGCGGUUGACUAUUCGUAUUGUACGGCGGGUUGUUGACGUGUCCGGGUAGGUCCGGGGCGUGACACUAGGGAUGUUUCUAAAGACAUGAAUUUAAGUUUGAUCAAGUAUAAAAUUGUGUAUUUAUAAUUAUAGUUGCUCAUCGAAGAACCGUUGCUCGUGGACGCCAUACACGCACACACAAGGGCAAAUACUCCGCGUGAACUAGGUAGUAAUCGAAGAACGGAGGCCUGAGAGAAUGUAUGGAGCCGGUGACAAGGUUUUGGAUGGGUUAAUGGAGAAUAUCUGGUUGUCAAUUAUGUUUUGUUUAAGUACGUUGCUAUGUUAAGAGUUGUUAAAUGUUUUGAAAUCCUGAUCAGGUGUAACAUUUUAAGGAACGUUUUGAUUUUGUUGUCAAAUAUAAAGUCUCAUCUCGAGGCUAUAUUAAGUCUCUUUUAUAUUGAGUAUAGUAAGAGACUAGUGAUACCCGAUGGAAGGUGUUCUUAUAGAACAAAUCAG